AUGGCUUCGUCAUCCAAGUGCAACUACUCGAUCAGUGAUACGGCGUCCAGCAGAACGAAUAAGACCACUAAAGUCAAGUCUUCAACCAGCGCAGACCCUGGCACUAUGAUGUCCAUCAGCAGCCGGAACCAGAAAGCCGACAACGGAGUCAUCGGGCUUGCCCGGGCUUUUGGCAGUUUCAGACCUUUUCUCGGAGGUAAGGAAGCUGGCAGAUCACAACAGAGCCACGAGAGUCGUGAGACACGCCAGUGCUGGGAUGAUACUUGGGGCAGUAUCGGGUCUGAAGGCUCCAAUUCGCACGGCAACAACAACGGCAACAGCCAAAUUGCGAAUAACGGGCAACUCAACAAUCUAGAUAGUAAGGAUCGGAAAGACAAGGUUGGCCAACUUCAGAACAAGGAGAGCUGCGACGAGGAGGAGGUUAGCGAGGACUGGCUGUGGAGACAAGCGGACGAGGCGGCUGCUGGGGCGUCGUGGUGGAAGAGGAAGUGA